CUUGAAUGCUUUCAUCUUCCAUUUGCAAUCCAAUUAUUGUGUAUAAAAGAAAGUUUCGAGAAGGAUUAAAAAAAAAAAUCAUUCCAAUAGAUAAUUUAGGUAAGUAUAUGGUGAAUCAGUCCAAGAACAAGUUUAGCAUGAAAACCAAGUAUGGAGCAGCAGUUGCACCUGUAUUCCUCCUUGCUGCUGCAUAUGUCGCUUGGAACUACAUAAAUCGUGGUUUAUGGAGAAAGAAAGACGAUGAAAAUGGUCGAGAUACAAGAAAAAGCAUCGGUAAAAACAUUUCAGAACAAAGAAGAGAUGGUAAUGUUAAAAACAUGGGUAAGGAGGCUUCUUCAGGAAGAGAUGAAAGAACCCUCUCAAAAUCUGUUUCAAUGGGAGCUAUUCGAGGAGGAAAAUUAGCACUACAGAGAUUGCUUGAUUUGCACUCAUACCGCGGUGACACUUCUUCCCUUGCGAAUGCUGAACUCGAAUUUGAAGCAUUGCUUUCCAAGGAAAAGCCGGACUUCGGGUUGCUUCAGAGAGACAUUGUAAAAAUGGAAAUGAGUGGAAAAGAAGCAAAAGGAGCUGAGCUAUUGAAAAAGGCAUUGGAGAAAGCAAGAAAAGAAGGGAAAGGUCAUGAGGCUUAUGAGAUUGAGAUGUUGCUUGUGGAGAUGUUGAUCUACUUGGGAAACAUGGAAGAGGCUUCAAAAUGUAAGUGUUUAGAGGAUGAAGUCAUAACAGAUGCAAGACGUCCUCUAUAUCAGACUAUAAUCCAUUACCUUCAAGGUCAUCCUAUGAAGCAAGUCGAGGAGACAUUCAACAGGUUCAGAGAGAUUCAAAUUGGUCUACAAUGGCCUGGAAGCUCAGAAGAAUGUGAAAUUGACCAAGUCACAUUUGAUGAGUUCAAGAAAGUUAUGGAAUCUCUCAAGCAUGAAAUCGAAGACGGCAACAAAAGAAAGUUGAAGUUAGUCAAAGAUAAAACUAUGAGAGAUAGUCUUCAUUAAUUUCAAGCAAUAUUAGUGUGUUAUUAUUCAAGAAUGAUCAUAAGAUUUGGUACAUAAAUAAUGAUACUCUUGACAAAAUACAUCAAACUAGACCCAAAAAAACAUUUAAUAUACUUAUAUACAUGUAUCAUUUUCAUGAUGAAACAAAUUUGAAUGUAUGCUGAAAAAUGUUAUCAAGUAAGGAUGUAAUCUUUUGCCAAAAAUAGUAAGGAUAUAAAAUGUAUCACUGAAAUGAA